AUGGCUGCCACCAACCCUCUACCACUCUCCUGCUCCUCCCAAACACAAACAUCUCCCCAUUUCCUUCUCCCUCGAAAACCAUUUCUUCUCCUUUCCACCCGUCCCUCAAACCACUAUGCACGCCCAAAGUCUCUCCGACUCACCACCACCACAUGUAAGGCCACACAAGUCUCCGUCACUGAAGAGUCAUCCCCAUCCGGAAACUGGGUUCCAGUAGUUCCAGUGUCAGCGCUGCCCAGAGGAGAGCGGCGCGUGAUUAUUCAAGAAGGGGAAACCAUAUUGCUUCUUUGGUACAAAGAUCAAAUAUUCGCCAUUGAAAAUAGGUCACCUGCUGAAGGUGCAUACUCCGAAGGAUUGCUAAAUGCUAAGCUCACUCAGGAUGGUUGUGUAGUUUGUCCAACAACUGAUAGCACAUUUGAUCUAAGAACGGGAGAGAUCAAAGAAUGGUAUCCAAACAAUCCUGUUCUGAAAGUUCUAACGCCGGCUUUGAGGAAUCUCUUUGUAUACCCUGUCAAAACAGAUGAAAAAAAUAUUUAUAUCAGUAUCACAGGAGGUUUCAAAUCUGAUGCUGCUACUGAAAUUGUCUUUAGUGGGAAAGCGCAACCCGGUAUUACAGCAACCGAUGUCAAUGUCGACGAGGUUAAGAUGGUGGUUGAUGAGACUCAACUGGGAUUUGGCUUCAGUAGAAAGAACGAAAUAAUAAACGGUAAAGCGGCUGUAAUUGGAUUCCUUCUGUUGUUGGAUUUUGAACUUUUAACAGGCAAGGGACUCUUAAAAGGAACAGGUUUCUUGGAUUUCAUAUACUCCGCAUCUAAUGCUCUCAAUUAG